AAGUCUCGGGGGCCCACUAGUGGCAGAGGGACCCUGUACAUUUAGUGGUACAUAAUGUACAGAUUCCAGAUUACCAGGAAAAUGUACAUCCUGGUCACUCCCCGCCUCUAACUCUGCACGAGGGGGGAAAACAAGCCAGGAUGUAAAGAGCCGGUCCAGCUCUUGUUUUCUGUAGGAAUCAUACGUCUAUAAUCGCAUGGUUUAUGGUCAGGAGGGGAAAAGUAAUCAAAACGCGGAGUCAUUUCCCUUUCAAGGAUCACUCAGCGAUUCCUCUGCUUUGGAACUCGCAAAAUAGUGCGCCCUACUGUCUCCAUUGCGCAUGACUGUACGUCGUAAUAUGAAGUAGGCCUCCUGUUUUUCUCUCCUACCCGAAGUCGUCCUGGCCCCACCACUUCGAUUCAACGCUCAACUAAGACAGGCACGGAGGCUGCAGUCGAGUUUUCGCGAAGGUUAAAAGUGUGGAUUUUUCUUUCCUGGAAGGCUAUCAGCAAGUUUCCCCUCCGUUGGACAUUCCAGAGGCUUCCAUUGACAACUUUAUCUUUCUUGUGGUCGGUUUUCCAAUCAUGAUCCAAUGACCUCAACACUAACGAUCGCCAUAGAGUCGGCCUUGACCUCGAACCCUUUCCACCACCCCUCAGAGAAGAAGUUGAGCUUGUGAAAAAGCUGACGCAGGGUGCUCUUCCAAAUGCCUACCUCACGCCUAAAGAACGAAUUACUGCAGCAAAAGCCCUGAUCAGCAGCAACCAUGACAUCAAGUUUAGGAGAUGAUUGCAGCAUCUUUGAUGGGUUUAUUGAGGAAGAUGAGAAGGACAAGGCGAAACGCGAGUCCCGUAAUAAGUCUGAGAAGAAACGAAGAGACCAGUUCAAUGUCCUCAUCAAGGAGCUUGGUACCAUGUUGCCUGGCAACACCAGAAAAAUGGACAAGUCCACCAUUCUGCAAAAAAGCAUCGACUUCCUGUGUAAACACAAAGAGAUUGCAGCCCAGUCGGAAUCGAGCGAGAUCAGACAGGACUGGAAACCUCCUUUUCUUAGCAACGAGGAAUUCACUCAGCUCAUGCUGGAGGCUCUGGACGGUUUCUUCAUAGCAAUAAUGACUGAUGGGAACAUUCUCUACGUCUCUGAGAGUGUCACAUCAUUACUCGAACACCUGCCAGCCGACUUGGUGGACCAGAACCUUUUAAACUUCUUGCCGGUUGGAGAACACUCCGAAGUGUACAAGGCUCUGUCCACACACCCCACUGACCUCGAGAGCCUCAAUACGGAUUACAUGAAGAGUAAAAAUCACAUGGAGUUCUGCUGUCAUAUGCUGCGAGGGGCCAUCGACCCCAAAGAGCCUUCAGUCUACGAAUACGUAAAGUUCAUUGGCAACUUCAAGUCUCUCAACAAUGCAGCUCCUAAUAUGACGAGGAAUGGCCUGGCGGGGGUGCUGCAGAGAUCGCUACAGCCCGCUUUUGAUGACCAGGUGUGCUUUGUUGCGACGGUUCGGCUGGCCAAACCUCAGUUUAUCAAGGAAAUGUGUACAAUAGAAGAACCCAAUGAAGAGUUCACCUCAAGACACAGCCUCGAGUGGAAAUUCCUUUUCCUAGACCACAGAGCUCCGCCCAUCAUAGGUUAUUUACCAUUCGAGGUUCUUGGAACAUCAGGGUAUGACUAUUAUCAUGUGGACGACUUGGAGACGCUAGCUAAAUGCCACGAACACUUGAUGCAGUACGGCAAAGGAAAGUCAUGCUACUACCGGUUCCUGACAAAAGGUCAACAGUGGAUCUGGCUGCAAACCCAUUACUACAUCACUUAUCAUCAAUGGAACUCUCGGCCUGAGUUUAUCGUCUGUACACACACAGUAGUCAGCUAUGCAGAGGUGAGGGCUGAGCAGCGCAGAGAGCUCGGCAUCGAAGAGUCUAAUCCAGAGCCUAAUGCUGACAAGAACCAGGACUCUGGCUCAGAGUCUCAGCUUAACACCUCCAGCUUGAAAGAAGCUCUGGAGCGGUUCGACAGCAGAACACCUUCAACCUCAUCACGGAGCUCCCGCAAGUCCUCAUCGCACGUCUCUGACAACACAUGCACUUCAACAGCCCCCAAGCUACACAUGGACACGGCCACGCCUCCUCGCCAGUCUUUGGCCUCCACCAUGGACAUGACGCCCCAGCGAUGCUCAUCCAUCAGCAGUCAGUCUAUGAGCUCUCAAACAACAGGCCAGAGUGCAAACCCCAGCAUGAUGUCUCAGCAACAACAACAACAAACACAACAACUUCAAGCAAAUGUACAGCCUGCGAUGGAGUUUACAGCACAGGUAAACGCCAUGCAGCAUCUGAAGGAGCAGCUGGAGCAGAGGACCAGAAUGAUCCAGGCCAACAUCCAGCGGCAGCAAGAAGAGCUCAGACACAUCCAAGAGCAGCUACAGAGAGUCCAAGGCCAGGGCAUACAGCAGAUGUUACUGCAGCAGCAGGGAGGAACGGUAAAUGUGCCGCUCUCUCAGGCGGGGGCAGUCCCCCAGACGGCUACUUUGACCAAUCAGGUGCAGCAGACCGCCGUCAACCCUGUCCAAUCAGGAACUCUUCAGCUCACCAUCCAGCAGCAGGCGCCUCAGCAUCAGCAAAGCAUACAGCAGCAGACCAACACGCCGGCACAGCAGCCUCAGCGACAGUCCCAGCAAUCCUCCCAGACUCAGUCCCAGAACCAAGGCUCUGUUCCUGCUCCCCUGUACAGCGCCAUGAUGAUCUCCCAGCCGGGGCAGCCAAACGUGCUGCAGAUCAGCACCAGCCUGGCUCAGAACAACACGCAGCAAGGCGCAGCUGUGGCCACCUUCACACAGGACCGUCAGAUUAGAUUCCCUGCAGGGCAGCAGCUGGUGACCAAGCUGGUGACCGCUCCAAUGCACGCGUGUGGCGCCGUCGUGGUGCCCACCUCUAUGUUCAUGGGGCCGGUGGUGACCCCUUACAACCCUUUUGGUGGACAGCAGCAGGGCGGCCAGACACAAACUCUGACCCUUCAACCCGCCCAACAACCCCAGGGUCAGCCUGACAACCAAAACCAAACUGCUGUAGUGGCACAGAACAACCAGCAGGGGCAGCAACAACAGCAACAAUUCCUACAGGGCACUCGUCUUCUCCACAGUAACCAGUCUGCACAGCUGAUCCUCCAGGCAGCUUUCCCACUCCAACAACAAGGAACUUUCGCCCAGGCCGCUCUUCCUCAGCAGCAACAGCAAGUACAACAACAACAACAACAGCAGCAGCAACAACAACAACAACAGCAACAAAGACAACAACAGCAGCAACAGCAAAGGCAACAGCAGCAGCAGUCUCACCACCAGAGGCACCAGCAGCAGCUGAAACCACAGCCUCAGAAACAGCAGAAGGCCUCGUCAUCGCACCGGCCCGACAGCGUCAACAACCAGCAGUGAAACCUGGAGGCGGAAGAGCAAAGCUGGGAAAUAGGAACUCUAAUCAAAUUGCUGCAAUCAUUGGUUUUGGUUUUGUGGCUGUCUCACUCCCCCGCCCCCUUUCCAAAAGCUUCUCCUCGUGUUCCACUGAAUGAAAUAAAUCCUUCAUAGGAAAGUUAGUGAGUCCACUCACCAAAGACUGUCGCCGUGGAUACAGGACGGAAAUAACAACCCAACUUUCACCGGAUGCAGGAAAAACAAAGAUCAAUGCAUCUAAUUGGAACAGUACGACCGCCUCUUCACGUGGGUGUUUUAACCAGGACUGAACAUGUACAGAUUUACUGUAUGAUAGAAAAGAAAACUUGUAAAUAUCCAUUAUAGCCUAACAAAAAAUGUAGUAUUUUAUAUGAUUGCAUGGAAAAAAAUAACUGUAAGCUUUUAUUAGUCAAUUUGAAAUAUGAAUUUUUACUUUUAAGUGUUUUCUGGUCAAAGACGGAACAGUGACGUGUUCUCGAAGGCCUUCUGUCCCUUCUCUAAAAAAAAGAAAAAAAAUUCUCCAGGCUUUAAAAGAUUUCUCAUUGUGUUGAAGAAAAAAACUUUUAGGCUUGUGGAAGCUUUGAAACACUGUGUCUCCAAGACAAAAAUUGAUCUUUUAACUUUGUAAUUAGAAGAAGUAUAUUUAGAUUCCAGUCAAACUGAAUUCUUUGCAGGAUGAUUACUGUACGUGUAACGGGUUAAGUAAUUCCAAGUGCCAAUAACAGAGUGAAUUAUGUUUUUUUUUUCUUUUCAUUUCAAGCAACUUAUUCAAAGGCGUAUAUAUUUUCCAGUAAGAUGUUACCCCGUAAGGUUAUUACAUGUGUAUAUAAUAGGGUUUAUUUUUUAACAGUUGGAGAGCCCUAUAUAUAUAAAUAUAAAUAUAUAUAUAAACGAGAUGUAUCCUCAACCUCCUGAAAACGUUAGCACUUAAUUUGGUUGUGUACAGUUAAUCACUGUCGAGACCUAGUUGUUUGUGACCAGUGGUGUGAGUCUGUGUUUUCUGAGAGUACAAUCCCGGUGUGCAUGAGAGAGCAUGAGCUUGGCUUUGGUUUUUGUGUGAGUUUCACGGCCCCUCGUGUCUUUAGAGUAUUUGACUUAGUAAAAGGGUUUGAAGUUUUGGACGGUACUCGUUCACUCAGGAAUGUGGAAGGGUUUUUUUUUUUUGCUUCUGCCUCAGAAAAAGGUUUAAGACGGUGAUGCUGCAAAGACGACGUUUAAAAAUUCGACCCACAUUUCAGAAAGUUCCUCUGUCGGUCAAAAAAAAAUAAGAUGAGGAGAUUCGUUCGAGGAAGUAUCCUCUGCAAAAGUUGAAAUGAAUUCCGACCCGACUCGAACAGCGAGUCUUGGUUUGUGCCUCAUGUUGUAAAUUUUUUUUUUCGCUACAGAAACCGUCAUGCAGUGCAGCUCGCUCGUCUCAGAUCUGCGUUUAAAGACAGAAAAAGAUCUUGGCUCAGUCUGCGUCCGACACUGUUAAGCCAUAUCAAACAGAAAAGCCUUGGGUUUAGAGGCAAUAGUUGGCAAAGGAGCAUUUUAUUUAGAAUGUGUUGUUUUUUUCCCCCUAAAGCUGGCGUGUGUGGGCGCUUGUGUGAGUGUAGCAUCUCGUUUCCUUGAUCCUACUUCUUGUAUCACUCGGGAGGUCAGUAUUGGCUUCCCGUGGCGAUAGCCAAUCAGUUCUUGCGUUGCAGUAUAAAGAAAAUUGUUUUGUUUUUAAAAAGAAACGUCCUCUGGUUGAGCUCGGUAUUGUGCAGGCUUGCGUGUGGGACAGCUCCAGCUAUAAAUAUGUGUGUGUGAGACUGUAUGCAUGGUAACUGUCACUGUAUCCCAUUAUAUUUUCAUAUGUAAACAUGGUUUGUGAAUGAAAAUGGAUGGAUGUAAUGUGGAUGGGUGCACUGAUAUGACUUUUUAGGCUGAAGAGAGUAGUGUUUUACAAAGAUGAACUGCUAACCCUUCUGAGUAAAAAAUAAAUGUAGACAGUUCUUCUGAGAGGCAUGUCCUCAAACAAGCUAUCGUAAUAGACUUUCCUUUACAGCAGGCCUUCCACUCACCCGAAAGCAAAACUAGAACAUCUAGUUUGUAUUUGAAGCACCUUUUUUGUUUAUUUUUGUUUUUUAAAGAGAGGAGCUGAAAUGUUUAUGGUUUUUGUCACUGACGCAGCCCAAAGAAUGUAAAGGUGUCAAGAGUUGAAUGGAUGUUGAAACAGUUUAUGAAGGAAAAAAGAGGGGUGUCAAAAGGUUAUUCAUCACAAAUUUCAUUUUGCUAUUUGAUGACUUUUUGAAGAGUUCUGUAAAAAAGAAAAAAAAGGAAUGUUCCACUAUUACAGAUUUUUUUUUUUUUAACAGGUGUUUGUUUUCUGAUUGGAAGAAAUCAAAUUUAACAGUGGCGCCCCCUUUCUGCACUUCUACGCAGAUACACCGAUUACUUUCCCGACACACUUAAAAAAAUCUAGCAUACUGUACACUCACUCAAAGCUAAAAAAAAAAAAAAA